AAGGCUCGCUCGCUGCUUUCGCCGUUCCUCACAUUCGUCCAUUUCCAGCCCAAAUCCAGUCACUCGCGUUGUGCGCUGCCUCCACGAAAGAGAAAACGAUUGCCUCUCCCAACUUACUCGACUCUAACGACGACCAUGGAGAAGAAGAGGCCAAGAUAUCGCAUUCUCAGCUUCACAACCUCCCACGAGGGCGACAAGCGUCAAUGGUUCAGUCUUGAGAUCCAGCUUCACACCAGUCGCUUCAGAAUUUCUGUUUCGUUGUCAAACUUUCGCAACUCGCCCAUUCGGUCCGAGGAGUUCCAAAAGUAUUUUGCACUUUUGCUCUCCGAAAACGACAACCACAAUGACUCCUUCGAGGAGACGGAUGAAGAAGGAGACGCACCCGGCCGUACCGCUCUGCUUGACUGCUUCGACUGGGCAGUUACCCCAUUUCUUGCCGAUUUUGAGCGUCUCUCACCCGCUCCGCCGCCGCUCGGGAGCGGACAGCUCACUCUGAGUCACUUUCUUGUCACCGCUUCUUUUGAGUGCAAUCUCACCGCAGCCGACGAGAUUCUGGCUCCUGGGGAGAUUGAGCGUGUUGAAAUGGACGAAGAUUGCUGGCCCACCCUAAGUUCCGGGGACGCUUGGACGACUUCCUUUCCGUCCUUUAGCCCUGCAGAGAUUGUGGUUAUCUGUGACGACCCGGAGCAUCCCUUUGACUCGAACCCAACACGAGUCCGCAUCGGCCAGCAACAUCUCUAUUUCAAAGAGAGUUCGGAGCCGGAUGACGUGGUGGCAAAGAAGGAAGUCGAGACGUACGAAAGGAUUGACAGCGCUAAUCUUGGAGCCGGCGUGCGAACGUCCCGCCUCUACGGAGUUGUUCGGAACGAGAGGAACCAGCUGAUCGGCUUGCUGCUGUAUCCUAUCGAGGAAGACACUCUUCUCACGUUUGCUGUCGGACCUGAGACGCCUGAUGCCUUGAAGGAUCGGUGGGCGCAGCAAAUCCAAGAUACACUGGCUGCCUUGCACCGGGCUGGCAUUACUUGGGGAGAUGCCAAGCCCGACAAUGUUCUCAUCGAUGUUCAUGGCGAUGCAUGGAUCGUUGAUUUUGGAGGUGGCCGAACUGAAGGAUGGGUUGAUUCUGGCAAGGCGGGAACAGUGGAUGGGGAUCUGCAAGCCCUUGAACGAAUCCUGAAGUUUAUCGCAAGCGGUGGAGAUGAUAUGAUGGACUACUCAAAGGAAUAGCAGCGUGUGGUUCUGGUCUCGUGUUCGAUAGCGUGCCUAAGGUAAUACCUCAGUUACGUACUAGACGGCGUGACCCCAUAACCGGAUUACCCUACAACCUUUCGUCGGCCUCUUUGGAUUUGGAGUUCCCCUCCGCCGUAGGUU